GGAAAAUUGUUUGUUAAAAACAAUUUGUGAUUUACAUAUAACGAUUAUAAGGGCUGGCUGGCUGAACAACAAGCGUGAUUGGUGAUUAAUUUUAUUUCAAUAUUUAAUUGUUUUUAACUUUUAAUAGAUGAAAUUUUAAUUGAAGAAAGUAAAUUGAUUUUCUGUCAUUACACAAUUUAAUUACCUAUAUCCAAAAAGACAAAGAAGAAGAGGAAUACGAAAACGACGUCGAAGAAUUAAAAAGAGAAUCAAACCAAAAUAAAAUUAAAUAACAAAAAUAAAGAAAUAAACCAAAAGAUACAAAAAUCAAAAUCCAUUCAUAGAACGUUUUUUUUUUGUUGUUCAUGUGAGAGCAAAGCGGGAAAGUCGGUCAGACAAAACAAGAAACAAGCGCCAAACAACGCCACAUCAAAGAGUCAUCGUCGUCGUCGUCAACAGCAACCAAACCAAGAGCAGAGAGCAAGAACCACCAAACUAACAAAAAAAAAAUUAUCCCUCCAAAUGCUAUAAAUUUUAUUAUUGCAGCUAUAAUACCACCGACACCGCAAUGGAUAGUUCAAAGAAGCCACAAAAAGAAAAUCCGCGACGAUUGGCGAAUAUUUUUUCCCAUCUAAUAUUUGGCUGGUCCAUACCGAUGCUGUACAAAGGAUGUCGCCAGGGUUUGAAUACAGAUGAUCUUACGAAAUGCUUGCCCGAGGAUUGUUCCGAGGAGUUGGGUGAUCAAUUGGAGAGAAAUUGGUACAAGGAAGUGGAAAAAUCUAGAGCCAAAAAUCGUGAACCAUUGUUACGCACUGCCAUACUGAAGACAUUUUGGCGUUCGGCCAUUGUUGAUGGUCUUAUCAGUUUAAUUUACAUUACAAUUAAAUCACUUAUUCCCGCCGUAUUAGCUCAAUUAUUACUGCAAUUCCAGAGGCCCACAACGCCAAUUAUCAACAAUGACUCCGGCAAAACAUUCACCCUGGACGGUGAUGGAGAUGUGUUGUCGAUGGCAACGACUUUGUUGGCGAAUGGAAAUGGGACUCUUGAUCGAAAUGUCCGUUCUAUAGAUAUUAAUCAAAACAAUAAUGAAGGCUCAAAUCCCAAUCUAUUGCCACCGGAUGAUGGAAAGCUGCUACCCGGUAAUAACUUCAGUUCCGUAACAGCGGAACCAAGUGAUCCACCAGAAUAUAAUGACAUUAUAGACUACAUUUGGAAUGAUGUACACAGUUUGGGAGCAAUAUUGGUGAUAUCGACACUCAUAGGUUGUUUUCUCAUACACCAUGUGGACUUGAGGCAAAGGCUGAUGGGAGCUCGAAUGCGUAUUGCCUGUUGUUCUCUAAUCUAUCGGAAGACAAUAAGUCUUUCCAUGAAGUCGGCGGGACAAACUCCGGCAGGUUACCUCAUCAAUUUGCUGUCGAACGAUGUUAAUCGUUUGGAUUAUGGUUUCAUAUUUGUCCAUUGGAUUUGGAUUCUUCCACUGCAAUCGGUGUUGAUUUGCUAUUUGAUAUGGACGAAAAUUGGCGUUGCAGCAGUUGUGGGUGUGGUGGGACUUCUGCUGAAAACAAUACCCGUACAAACUGGGCUUAGCAAAUUGGCCUCAAAAUUACGCAUGAAAAUCGCCGAACGCACCGAUGCCCGGGUGGGCAUAAUGAAUGAACUGGUUCAGGGUAUACAGGUGAUAAAAAUGUAUGCCUGGGAGAAGCCCUUCCAGAACGUGGUCAAAGAGGCACGACGCCGUGAGGUGAAACAAAUUCGUUAUGCCUCCUAUUUGAGAGGUUUCUAUUUGAGUACCAUGGUCUUUACGGAACGUUCCACUCUGUAUAUAACAAUAGCAGCUGCGGUACUGCUGGGCAGUGCUGUGUCGGCUGAUAUUGUCUUUUCCAUGGCUGGUUAUUAUAACAUCUUUCAAUUGGUGGCAGCGAUUUGGUAUCCCUUGGCUGUGUCAUUUGGUGCUGAGGCUUUGGUCUCUUUGAAACGGGUGCAGACAUUCUUGAAAAUGGAAGGCUGUGAGGAGAAUACUCCAGGAUUGGUGUACAAAAGCAAUAUUGAGGGUGAUAAGCAUGCGGUUGUGCUGAAAAAUGUCUCAGCGAAUUGGGAUAAUCUGAAGCCACAGAAAACUUUGCAGAAUAUUGAUUUGAUCAUACCCAAGGGUCAAUUGUGUGCCAUUAUUGGGCCGGUUGGGGCGGGAAAGAGUUCCAUUAUCCAAUUGAUACUGGGAGAACUUCCAUUGACCCAUGGUGAUGUCGAAGUCCAAGGCAACAUCUCAUAUGCUGCCCAGGAACCAUGGCUGUUUACCGGUACGGUGCGUAACAAUAUUCUCUUUGGUGAGGAGUUCAACCGCAAACGUUAUGAUGAGAUUACCAAAUGUUGUGCCUUGUCCACGGAUUUUGAGCAAUUACACAAUGGCGACAAGACGGUGGUUGGCGAGAGAGGUGCCUCCCUGUCCGGUGGCCAAAGGGCCAGAAUAAGCUUGGCUCGAGCAAUUUAUAAAUCGGCAAAUAUCUAUCUUUUGGAUGAUCCCCUAAGUGCAGUGGAUGCCCAUGUGGGACGGCAUUUGUUCGAUCAGGUCAUUGGUCCCAAAAGUCGUUUGGCCGGUGAAAAGGCUACCCGAAUUUUAGUCACUCAUCAAAUACAUUUCCUAAAUGAAGCCGAUUGGAUUGUCAUUGUGGAAAAUGGCAAAGUUUCCAGACAGGGUACAUAUGGUGAUCUGAUAUCAAGUGAAUUGGACUUUGCCAAGCUCUUGGAUAGACAAAAGACGGCAAGUCCAAAUGGUGUGAUAUCGGAAGAUAAUAGUCUGUAUGAAGAUGAGGAAGACAUACCCUACAUUGAUGGGCAACAAGAAUCGCCGGGCUACCAGGCGGUGAGAAGGAAAAGUAGUACACUGGAGAGUCCUUUGAUAAAGAAGCAAGAAAGUGCUGAACGCGAUGAAUCCGAGAGCAAGGAAAUGGACGAAGAGCAGGCUGAUGGUGGUGUCAGUGCCCGUGUUUGGAUGGAAUAUUUCAGGGCUGGCAGCACACUUUUUGGUUUCAGUUUUAUGGUCUUCGUUAUGCUGUUGUCUCAGGUUGUUUGCAGUGGCUCGGAUUAUUUUGUAAAUAUUUGGACGCAACAGGAAUAUCUGCGUUCGGUUAAUGAAACCACGGUCCUGACAACAUUCGAAUGUCUUUAUAUCUAUGGUGCUCUCAUCAUUGGUGUUGUUGUGAUGACCGUCUUUCGCGGUUUCCUCUUCUUCAAAGUGUGUAUGCAUGCCUCAAAGGUUCUGCACGAUCGUAUGUUCAGUUCCAUAUUGAAUGCUGCAAUGCGUUUCUUUGAUCAAAAUCCAUCGGGUCGGAUACUUAAUCGUUUCUCCAAAGACAUGGGCGCCAUAGAUGAAUUCCUACCCAAGGCCAUGAUGGAUUUCAUACAAAUCGCCUUGGUGAUGUUUGGCAUAUUAGUGGUGAUAUGUGUGGUCAAUCCCAUACUUAUGUUGGCCAUUGCUGUGGUGGCCAUAACCGAUUGUUUGAUUUUGAAAAUGUACCUGAGGCCAUCACAGGAUUUGAAACGUUUGGAGGGGAUAUGUCGCAGUCCUGUAUUCUCUCAUUUGUCGGCCUCCCUAACGGGUCUGGCCACCAUAAGAUCUCGAAAUUUACAGGACACCGUGGCCAAGGAGUUCGAUCAAUUGCAAGAUGUUCACAGUGGGGUAUGGCAGCUGACCAUGGCCUCCAAUACUGCCCUGGGAUUGUGGCUGGAUUGUGUUAGCUGUUGUUUCCUGACCUGUGUUACCUUUAGUUUUAUCAUAAUUAGUGGGCAAACCUACAGCGGCAACGUGGGUUUGGCAAUUUCCCAAGCCAUGAUCCUAACCGGUAUGGUGCAAUACGGUGUACGCCAAGUCGCUGAAUCUCUGCAACAAAUGACCAGCGUGGAGCGAGUCCUACAAUACACCGAUUUGGAGAGGGAAAGCAAUGAAACCAAACAACCGCCCAAUAGUUGGCCCACACAUGGUCUCAUUGAAUUCCGUAACAUGUCCUGUCGCUACGAUCCUCAGGGUGAGGCUGUAUUGAAGAAUUUAAAUUUAACCAUACAACCCGGCUGGAAAGUGGGCAUUGUGGGACGCACGGGUGCCGGAAAGUCCUCACUAAUAGGUGUGCUGUUUCGUUUGGCUUAUAUUGAGGGUGGCAUUGUAAUUGAUGGCAUCGAAACGGGUAGCAUUACCCGCGAAUCGUUACGUUCGAAAAUCUCAAUAAUACCUCAGGAUCCGGUGCUGUUUUCGGCAACGAUACGUUACAAUUUAGAUCCAUUUGAGAAGUAUUCCGAUGCGGAUAUAUGGAAGGCGUUGGAGGAGGUGGAGUUAAAGAGUGCCAUACCCGGCUUAGAUUUCCUUGUCACAGAACGCGGCAGUAAUUUCAGUGUGGGCCAGCGCCAGCUGAUCUGCUUGGCUCGAGCUGUUUUGCGUAACAACAAGAUCUUGGUUUUGGAUGAAGCUACUGCCAAUGUGGAUCCCCAAACCGAUACCCUGAUACAACAGACAAUUCGCAUUAAAUUCAAACACUGUACCGUCUUAACUGUAGCCCAUCGCCUGCAAACGGUUAUGGAUAGUGAUCGCAUUUUGGUUAUGGAUGCUGGUCAGGCCAAAGAAUUUGAUAUACCCUAUGUGCUGUUACGCAAUCCCAAUGGUGCCUUACGACAAAUGGUCGAAGCAACAGGAAGCGAAGCGGAUGCGCUUAAGAAAAUGGCCAGUAAAGCCUAUCAUGGUGCUUAAAACAGGAAUUAUUUACUUAAAACUAAAGUACUUAUAAGUGUUAAAAAAAGUACUUAUGAAAAAAACAUUGUUAUCUGGGAACAAGAAGAAAAAAACAACACAAAAAAAUGGAAUUGAUUUUAAAUCAAUUUAGGUAUUUAUUAUUUUUUAUUAUUAUAUAAGAGUUUUAUGAAACAAGUGCGAAUUUUACUAAUACUACUAUUUUUCUUUUGUCAUAAUUCAUUCAAAUGUGUUUUUGUUUUUUUUAAAAAAAUUAUCUAAUAUUAAUUUUAAGAUAAAAAUAACUAUUGUAUUUGAUGUUUUUUUGUAAUUUUAAGUUGAAAUGAUCGCAUUUUGAUACCAAAAAGAAAGAAAGAAUAACAUUAUCUCAUUUAAUAAACAACAUGAAAUCGUGCGACCACUGUCUGUAGUUAAAAU